AUGGCCGCUCGCGCACCUCCCGCUGGCCGACCCGGCCUCAACACUCGCUUUGCGCAGUUCAAACUCGUCCUCUUGGGCGAAUCCGCUGUUGGAAAGAGUUCAAUAGUCCUUCGUUUCGUCAAGGAUCAAUUCGACUCGUUCCGGGAAUCCACCAUCGGAGCGGCUUUCCUCACCCAGACCAUCUCGCUCGAUGAGAACACGACGGUCAAGUUUGAGAUCUGGGAUACGGCCGGCCAGGAGCGCUACAAGUCGCUGGCGCCCAUGUACUACCGAAACGCCAACUGUGCCGUUGUCGUAUACGACAUUACGCAAUCCGCAUCACUAGACAAGGCCAAGGCAUGGGUCAAGGAACUCCAGCGCCAGGCAAACGAAAACAUCAUCAUCGCCCUCGCCGGCAACAAGCUCGACUUGGUGACUGAGCAGCCCGAUAAGCGGGCCAUUCCCACCGCCGAUGCCGAGGCCUAUGCGCGCGAGGCCGGCCUCCUCUUCUUCGAGACGUCUGCGAAGACGGCCGAGAACGUGCGGGAACUCUUCACCGCCAUUGCGAAGAAGCUGCCCUUGGACCAAGUCGGACCCAGGCAUGCGCGACCUGGGCAGCGUCCCGGCGUCAGUCUUGCGCCAGAGAGCUCCAACACGAAUGCCAACGGACCUUGCAGCUGCUAG